AACCCUGCCUCUGGAACUACAUCAUCAAAUCAAUAUUGAACUUUCCUUAAACACAUAAAACGUCUCUGAUUCUCAAACUAGUGUGGGUCAAUUCAUAGUUUUAAGCUGGAUGAUGAUUUUUGGGCACGCGGCUUGUUAAAGAAUGAGUGGAGAAGCAAGUGUUUGACUUAUGAAGCUGAAUCAGUAUCAGAAAGUAAGGGCAAUGAAGAAAAAUCCAGUGUCGAAGGAGACACGCCCCAUCCGCCUAUGAAACAGCACAGCAUAACAUGAAAUUGACAUCAACAUCAAAGACUCACACAAACACAUGCACACCCUUCCUUAAUUUUAACGAUUCCCCAACCGCCCACGUUCCUCCCAACGCUUCCACCACACAUAUAUUCACACACACCAACAAAUCCCUCUCCAAUCUCACUCUCACUCCAUCCCCACCCACCCUUCUUAUAUCACACCUCUCCCAAAUAAAUGUUCCCACAUACCCUUAUUACCGCGGCUGCCCUUCAACGCAUGUUGCAUCAUCACUUUCCCACCCCAAUGGAACAACGUUCGAGGUGGAAACCCAACAUCGAGGUCGCGCCCAAUUGUCCUCGUUGCGCUUCCACCAACACCAAAUUCUGUUACUACAACAACUACAGCUUGUCGCAGCCCCGCUAUUUCUGCAAAGCCUGCAGACGCUACUGGACCAAAGGCGGCUCUCUCCGCAACGUCCCCGUCGGCGGCGGCUGCCGCAAGAACCGCCGCGCCAAGUCCUCCUCGCGCCACAACCAAACCCAACGCUCUUUCACCUCUCAUCAAACCCAUCCAAACAACAACGCCUCUCGUGAAAUAGACAUGGCCCUUGUCUUCGCCAAAUUCUUGAACCCCAAACAAAACGUUGGAGAGGAUAACAAUGCCUCCUCUUCUUCCAACAAUUACUUCACACCCGACACCGUUCAAACCGAGAAUGAUACUGCAGUUGUUCAGUCGCCGAACAAGGGUUUGUCGUCGGAUCCUGCCAUUGUUGAAUCCGACUCCGACGCGGUGGUGGCAAUUGAGAAUUUCGGUGGGGAGGAAUUGAGUUUGGGUGAGAUUGACGACUUGGAGAGGCUUCUGGGUGUGUGUGGUGAUGAAGACGGUCUCUGGUGUGAUGCUACCUUGUCCUCUUCCGUUACUUGGGAACCACCCGUGAAGGAAUUGGAAUGCUCGAUGCCGUUGAGUGAAAACGAUGCCCAAUUAUUACCCAUCACUUCUGCUUCUUCUACCGUGCAUUCAAUGAGUGACACUUGCUGGAGCAGUUGGGGUUCCUUAGAUCUUUCAGCCAUGGAAGUGUUCUCAUCAACUCCUUGAUCAAUUCGAUCUGAUGAUUUUACAUGAACUUCAUAAGAUCUGAUCUUCUUCUUAUUAUUUGAAAAGAAGAGAAGAAGCAGAGAGAGUUAAUUAAUUACGCUACGAAUACCUCACAUGUGUUCCUAUAUUUCUAAAAAGGUAGAAUCUUAUAGAAAUUGUUUGUGUUUAGUGGAUGUAGAAUAAAGUUGUAUUUGGGGUCGUGGAAAUGCAGUUGAGAAAGCUAUAUAUACCCUCGGAUCUGAAACUCGGUUCACGCAGCCCAUCUGUACCUUUUGGAAUAUAUACAUACUAAUCAUAUAGAUACUAUAAACUUGAAUUUUCUAUGCAAUCUCUUCACUCUUCAUAUCAUACAUUAAUUCU